UUAGCAUGAUUAAUACAUAUUCAUGGCUUUCCUCUUCCUCCUAUUCUUGAUCGCCUCUCCGGCAACGGCAGACUUUCCUUCCUAUAUCUGUGGCAACAGUGCAGAAAACUUCAUCAGCAACAGCACCUACAGCUCAAACCUCAAUCAACUCUUCUCAACUCUCUCUUCCAACGCUUCAGCCACUGGCUUCGCCACUUUCACCGCCGGCAGAGUACCUGACCGCAUCUAUGGACUAACCCUCUGUCGUGGUGACACCGACAUCCCCAGCUGCCGCUCCUGCAUCUCCACCGCCAUGUCCGACAUCCAGCAGCUCUGCCAAUACAACAAAUACGCCAACAUAUGGUACGAUAACUGCCAACUCCGUUACUCCAACCUGGAUUUCCUCUCCGCUCCCGACGUCUCCUCAAACAUCAAGUUCUCCGUGCAUAACACCCAAAAUGUCUCGGCAGACGAACUUUUGAGGUUCGAGAGUCUAACCUGUCUGUUGAUUGGCAAUCUGUCUGAUUUCGCAGCGAGAAACGCGUCCCGUCUGUUUGCGACGGGAACGGCGGUGCUCACGGCGGGGGACACUAUAUACGGACUGGUGCUGUGCGCACGGGACCUGUCAGUAGGCGAG